AAGAUGUUCUCUGUAUGCCUGUAAUCAUUUGGGUUCUCUCUCUCUAUCUCUCUCGUGAUUACAGAUGGUCUUACAAGCUCCACAAAUCACCGUCACGAUCGGAAACCGACGACUGCCGUUUUACUGACGGCGGUCUGUGGAUAGAUAAGAGGUCGUCGGUAAGAUAGUUUAUUUUGGUUAAUGGCUUCAGUGGGUGUUGUUGCACCGUCCUCUCUUAUGAGAGAUUCUAGUGUUCGUACUGUUGCAACAGAUCAACUACCAGAUGAGAUGAAUGACCUGAAUAUUAGAGAUGACAAGGAAAUGGAACCUGCUGUUGUUGAUGGUAAUGGGGCAGAGACUGGACAUAUAAUAGUAACUACUAUUGGUGGAAGAAAUGGCCAGCCCAAGCAGACAAUUAGCUACAUGGCUGAGCGUGCAGUUGGACAGGGAACAUUUGGAGUUGUUUUUCAGGCUAAAUGCUUAGAAACUGGUGAAACCGUGGCUAUAAAGAAAGUUCUACAAGAUAAAAGAUAUAAGAACCGAGAGUUGCAGACCAUGCGUAAUCUUGAUCACCCUAAUGUGGUGUCCUUGAAGCAUUGUUUCUUUUCUACAACGAACAAGGAGGAGUUGUAUCUUAAUCUCGUGUUAGAGUAUGUUCCUGAGACGGUUCAUCGUGUAAUUAAGCACUACAAGAAGCUGAGUCAACGGAUGCCACUUCUUUAUGUGAAACUCUACUCAUAUCAGAUAUUCAGGGCUCUAUCUUACAUUCAUCGCGGUAUUGGAGUGUGCCAUCGGGAUAUUAAGCCUCAAAAUCUUCUUGUUAAUCCUCAUAGUCACCAGCUAAAGAUAUGUGAUUUUGGUAGUGCUAAAGUUCUGGUAAAAGGAGAGCCCAAUAUUUCCUACAUCUGUUCUAGGUAUUAUCGAGCACCCGAACUUAUAUUUGGAGCAACCGAGUAUUCUACAGCAAUUGAUGUCUGGUCGGCUGGUUGUGUUCUCGCUGAAUUACUUCUUGGACAGCCUUUGUUUCCAGGUGAGAGUGGGGUUGAUCAGCUUGUUGAAAUUAUAAAGAUAUUGGGUACUCCAACUCGGGAGGAAAUCAAAUGCAUGAAUCCUAACUAUACAGAAUUCAAAUUUCCCCAGAUUAAAGCUCAUCCAUGGCACAAGAUAUUCCAUAAACGAAUGCCUCCCGAAGCUGUUGACCUUGUUUCACGAGUGUUGCAAUACUCUCCUAACCUCCGGUCUACAGCUUUGGAUGUGUUAACUCAUCCAUUCUACGACGAGCUACGAGAUCCAAACACUCGCCUGCCUAACGGAAGCUUCCUUCCGCCUUUAUUUAACUUUAAACCCAGCGAACUGAAAGGAGUACCAGUUGACAUGUUGGUAAAGUUGAUUCCAGGACAUGCUAGAAAGCAAUGUGCUUCCUUGUUUGGGUUAUAAUUUGCUUGCUAGUUCUUUUGUUUGUAUUUUAUUAUCCUAAUUUUAUUAUUAUAUGUAAUAUCUCACUGAGGUCAUUUUGCUGAUUGUUACUGUGUGUGUAAAAAUAGAUUCAGGAAAUAAAAAUGGAACCUGAAGUCAAAUUGUUGUUUGUAUAACUGUUUAUUUGAAAUGUUGGCUUGAUAUUAUGUAUCA